AUAUCUACGUUUCAAGUGAGCCAAAAACCGAAAGUAACGCCAAUAUCGACUGCAUUGGACGAGGUCUGUCUCUGGCCAAGAUAACUGAACAAGGCGUAAAUGAAAUGCUGCAGAAAAUGUUCCAGUCAGAUUUCUGGAUUGGAUUAAAAAAGGGAGGCAGUGGCUGGGCGUGGCGUGCUGACAGUUCCUUACUACAAGCUGAUGACUACAGCAACUGGGUUCCAGGUGAGCUGACGAACAAUGGAGGAGGCAAUUGCGUUAUUAUGGACUGGACUAGUGGCAAAUGGAAAAGAAAAAAGUGUAAUAACAAUCUAUACCCUUUUGUAUGCAGUAAUUAG